AUGUGGACAGAUUCAAAAACAACGCUCGCUUGGAUCCAAUCGCAACAUCGCCGCUACCGACAGUUUGUAGCAUUUCGAGUCGGAGAAAUCCUUAGCAAAACCGAAUCGUACGAGUGGAAAUAUGUUCCAACUCAGCACAACCCUGCCGACGAUGCAACAAAGUGGGGAAAAGGACCUAGUACAGAUGUGACGUCCCGCUGGUUUCUAGGGCCCGAAUUUCUCUACCAACCUGAAGCAGAAUGGCCUGAGCAAAGGUCGACAGAAUCGCUGAAUACAGAGGAAGAACUACGGGCCUGUCUUACACAUCAACAGCGUCAAGUUGAGGACGUGUACCAAAUCAACAAAUUCUCCAAGUGGAAUCAUCUUCUGCGAACAGCGGCUUACGUGCACCGCUACAUCGAUAAUCACCAUCACCAUCAUCACCAUCUCACCAAGCUCAUCAUCGACUGGUACCAUUGCCGAUAUCUGCACGCCAACCAUGCGACGGUUCAAAACGAAGUUCGUCAGCGGUUCCACGUCUCCAACCUUCGUACUUUGAUUCGACGGGUAUCGAAGGAUUGUUACUCCUGCAAGAUUACCAAAGCUAUUCCAGUAACACCUAGGAUGGCUCCUCUGCCAGACUCACGUCUGGCGGCCAUGAUACGUCCUUUUUCCUACGUUGGCCUAGACUAUUUUGGGCCCACCCAGGUUCGAGUUGGUCGCAGCUGCGUUAAACGCUGGAUCGCGUUGUUUACGUGCCUCACCGUGAGAGCCGUGCAUCUAGAGGUCGUGUAUUCUUUGUCCACCGAGUCGUGUAAAAUGGCUAUUCGUCGGUUUAUUGCACGCCGAGGAUCGCCCGUUGAAAUUCGCUCGGAUAAUGGGACUAACUUCCAGGGGGCCAGUCGAGAGUUGCGUGAAGAGAUCAUAGCGAUUGAACAUGAGCUAGCAGAGACCUUUACUAACUCUGCUACCAAGUGGAUCUUCAAUCCUCCGUCGGCACCGCACUUUGGUGGUGCAUGGGAACGUCUCGUUAGAUCUGUCAAAGUGGCACUUAACUCACUGUGUGGCGAUAGGAACCCGGAUGACGAGACACUGUGGACGAUCGUGUUGGAAGCUGAAUCAAUCGUAAAUUCCAGGCCGUUAACUGCCAUUUCAUUGCACAGCGCCAACCAGGAAGCCUUAACGCCGAAUCACUUCAUUUUACUUAGCUCAAGUGGGGUCGUUCAACCUCCUAGGACGUUGUCGGAGCCAUUGAAGGUCACGCGUACAAAUUGGAACUUGGCCAGGCAGCUCGUGGACCACUUCUGGCGGCGUUGGAUUCACGAGUACCUUCCGACGAUUGCCAAUAGGACAAAAUGGUUUAGCGACGCAAAAAAUCUAGCUGAAAACGAUCUAGUGCUGAUAGUCGACGAAGGUCGUCGCAACGGCUGGAUUGGAGGUCAGGUUUUGACGGUGAUUCCUGGUAGGGAUGGACGAAUUCGUCAAGCUAUGAUCCGAACAUCAAAAGGGGUAUUCAAGCGUCCGGUAACCAAGCUGGCAGUGCUUCAGAUUGAAGGAGAUAGUAACGAAGAAUCGGUAGUAGGACCGGAGGUUCGUUACGGGGCGGGGAUGUUACGGCCACUGGCAGCACUGGUGAAGUUGUGGUGA